UUGUGCAACCUGCAACAUGCUGUAGCCCAUCGGCUAGUUACGUCAAGUUACCAAAGACCUACCGUAAAUGUGAUAUUUAUCCUUCCAAAUAAAGCAACAUUAUCACCUUAUGGAACAGAAAUAUGCCCCUCACAUGGUGUUUGAGACCUAAACCGGAAGUGGAUCUCAUCUUUAUAAAACUAACAGCACUUUACUUGACACUGGUUGUUACUUGCCCACCGUCCCAGCUGUAUGCAGAGACCACUGAUUCUAUCAGCACAUAAGACUCUCUGUGUCGGCCUACAGCGUCAGCAACUUCAGAAAGCGUGCAGAGCCCCUUCUGUCGCUCCAUGCGUUAAACCUCUAUCUCCCUCCACCGUUCAUGCGUUACAUUUUUGCCGGCAAAUCCAUAAUUUCUCCUUGGUAUCCAGACUCCUCCAGAACAACCCUCCUCGGCUUUCCCUACGUCAGUGUUUCUCCGCCCUGCCAGACAUGGCAGAACAGAAGUUCAUCGUGGAAUACGCCAAACGCGGUACUGCAGGAUGUAAGAAAUGCAAGGACAAGAUCCCCAAAGAAGUGGUGCGCAUAGGGAAGGUUGUGCCAAACCCCUUCAGCGAGUCUGGGGGGGAAAUGAAAGAGUGGUAUCACGUGAAGUGUAUAUUUGAGAAGCUGGAAAGAGCGAGAGCCACUACCAAGAAGAUUGAGGACAUCACAGAUCUGGAGGGCUGGGAGGAGCUGGAGGACCAAGACAAGGAGAUCAUCAAUAAACAUGUUUCAGACCUGAUGGCCAAAGUCAAUGCCAGUCCAAAGAAGAAGGUGCAGGCCAAGAUGAACACCUCUGGUCAGCUCAUGGCUCCUCCUGCUGACCCAUCUGUCAACACGCCGCGGAAGUUCUCAGGCUUCACUGCUGCGAAAGCUGGCAGCUCUGGCAGCUCCAGCAGCUCCAGCAGCCCGGGACCUCCCUCUUCCUCCUCCUCGGCCACAGCCAGCCAAGGCAGCCCCCUGUCCGCCCAGCUUUGUGACCCCCAGCACAAGGACUGCCUCUUCAGAGAGUUUCGCAAGCUCUGCGCCACGGUGGCCGAACACAACAGCUACAACGUCAAGACGCAGAUUAUUGAGAAGUUCCUCAGGAAGGGCUCAGGUGGAGAUAAGUUCCAUGGAGACCUGUUCCUCACGGUGAAGCUGCUGCUGCCGGGCGUUGUGAAAAGCGUCUACAACCUCAACGACAAGCAGAUUGUUAAACUCUUCAGCCGCAUCUUCAGGUGCAACCAGGACGACAUGGUGCGCGAUCUGGAGCAGGGCGAUGUGUCUGAAACAGUGAGGCUGUUCUUUGACGAGAGUAAAUCAUUCCUCGCGGCUACCAAGAGCCUCCUGACCAUCCAGGAAGUGGACGCCUCACUCACCCGCCUCGCUCUGCUGACCAAGGAGGACGAGCAGCAGACCGAGCUGGAGGAAAUCUCCAAAAAAUGCACCAGUAAUGACCUGAAAUGCAUCAUUCGGCUUAUUAAACACGACUUGAAGAUGAACUCUGGAGCAAAACACGUCUUGGACGCCGUGGAUCCAAAUGCUUACGAUGCCUUCAAGGCCUCGCGUAAUCUGGGUGACGUGGUUGAGCGGGUGUUGAGGAAUCAGCAGGAUGCGUCUAAUGGCUCGGGACCCAGGAAACUCCUCACCGUGGAGGCCUCGCUCAUGACCCCCGUUCAGCCCAUGUUGGCGGAGGCUUGUAAAUCCGUCGAGUACGCCAUGAAGAAAUGUCCCAACGGGAUGUACUCCGAGAUCAAGUACGAUGGAGAACGUGUGCAAGUCCAUAAAAACGGCGACAUCUUCAGCUACUUCAGCCGCAGCCUCAAGCCCGUGUUGCCACACAAAGUGGCCCAUUUCAAGGAAUACAUCCCCCAGGCUUUCCCCGGAGGCCACAGUAUGAUAUUGGAUGCUGAAGUUCUUCUAAUUGACACAAAGACCAGUAAACCCCUUCCCUUUGGGACUUUGGGUGUCCACAAGAAAGCCGCCUUUCAAGAUGCCAAAGUUUGCCUUUUUGUUUUCGACUGUAUCUACUUCAACGGCGUGAGUCUCAUGGAGAGGCCUCUGUCUGAGCGCAGGAAGUUCCUGCAUGACAACAUGGUUGAGGUGACCAACAGGAUCCUGUUCUCAGAGAUGAAACACGUCACUAGGGCCGGAGAUCUGGCUGAAAUGAUAACUCGAGUCAUCAGAGAGGGACUUGAAGGCCUGGUGCUAAAAGACUUAAAGGGCACUUAUGAACCGGGGAAGCGCCACUGGCUGAAGGUGAAGAAGGACUAUCUGAACGAAGGCGCCAUGGCCGACACGGCCGACCUGGUGGUGCUGGGGGCCUUCUAUGGAAAAGGCUCGAACGGGGGCAUCAUGUCCAGUUUUCUGAUGGGCUGUUACGACCCACACUCCAGGAAGUGGUGCACAGUCACCAAGUGCUCGGGAGGCUACGACGACGCCACCUUGGCCCGGCUCCAGAAAGAGCUGGAUGUGAUCAAAAUCAGCAAGGACCCAAGCAAAAUCCCAGGCUGGCUGAAAAUCAUCAAGAACUAUUAUCCAGAUUUCAUUAUUCGAGAUCCUCAGCAAGCACCUGUCUGGGAGAUCACAGGCGCAGAGUUCUCCAAAUCAGAAAUGCACACCGCUGACGGCAUCUCCAUCCGCUUUCCCCGAAUGACGCGCAUCCGUGAUGACAAGGACUGGAAGACUGCCACAAACCUGGACCAGCUUAAAGACCUCUUCCGCAUAUCGAAGGAGAACUGUGACUUUAAAGUGACAGCCGGACCGUCUACAUCCAACGAUGACAAGGGCUCCUCAGGAGGGGACAGUGGAGGAAGCUCCCCGUCACCCUCGUCCCGUGGACCUCCACCCAAGAAGACCAACAGCAGCACACCCAAAACAAAGGUGGUAAAAUCCCAGCCGAGGACUCCUGGGUCAGAAGCACCCAGUGCGAAAAAGGUAUUUACUGCACACACACACACGCGACGGAUGCAUCAUUACAGCAAUCUAGAGCUGCAUGGUCUGAAUUGUCAUUGUUCUGUUUCCUGUCAGGUGAAGAAGAGUGAAAGUGUCCACAGUAAUGGACAAAGCAAAAUGAAGCCAACCGCUACACUGCUGGAGCCAAGUAAUGACAAGACGCUGCUGGACAUCUUCAGUGGGGUGAAGCUGUUCCUGCCCGUCUCAGUGCAGGACUUUCACAAGCUCAAGCGGUACUUCGUGGCGUAUGAUGGCGACGUCGUACCGGAUUAUGACAUUUCCUCCGCCACACACACGCUGGCUGGACCUGCAGAAGACAGCCAGGCCCAGAGAGUGUCACCCGGAUGGAUCUGGGAAUGUAUCCGCAAGAGGCGGAUUGUACCUCCCUGUUAACGUUGCAAACAAACACAACACGUAUUAUGCACUGUCAACAUGUCUCUUAACUACUGCACAUCUGUGCAAUCAAUGUUAUAUUUAUGCUUUGGACCCAAAGGUCAGAUCACACUAUUAUGAAACUGAUUUGGAAAACUGCUGUCCUUGAGUUCAAUCACACACUGCUCUCAGGUCAUUCUAUGUAUUCUGUCCCAGUCCUUUAUGGUUUGUUCACAAACUAGCAGAGAACACAUACAGUAUGGUAAUGUACUGUAGAUGUAGAGUUUUUUGUUAAGCAGCUGCAAGAGGCCUGUAAAUCAUGAAAUGUAUUAUUUUUACAGUAUUAAACAGCAGUUCACAUUUUGAGAACACAAUUUGUUACCAUGAGGAAUAAACAAAAUGUUGAAGAUAAUACAAGGUCUCUGUAACAAUUUCUGAUGCUAUUUAUUCCAUAGUAUAGUAGUGAUGUUGAACCCAGGAAGAUGUUUGAAGAGCGUAUCGAGGCGUAUGUGGUGGCCGUACAACGGGACUGAUUCAGGGUGUGCAAUUGGAAAUGUAAGGGGCAGCGAAACGCAAU